AUGGUAGAGGGGGCACACGAUAGGCUUUACCUCAGUCCAGAGGAGACGAUAUUCCUUUCCAUUUUCCAUGAAGAACAAAAGAGUUUUGACACCAGGGUUGUUCAUUGUGGAGUUGGCUCUUUUCCUGUAAUGUCGCUUGUGUUAGCUUUCGAUGCGAAUAUUUAUUUGUUUGUUGGUAUGAAUCGUGUGCUGACCAAUAUAAGAAAAGGGUUUGAUAAUAUUGAGUGUGAUCGUACCAAACGACACAGUGUUUAUUUCGAUGUCGACAUCAACGACGACGUUGAACGAAAGAUGAAUGAACUGAAGGCCAAAAGCUGUCGUGUGUUUAUGCCUAAAAAAAGGAGAAAAAUGGGGUGUUUAUAG